AUGUUUGCGCCAUCGCUCUUGUCGCUUGGCAUUCUUGUCCCACUUGUCCUCGUCAUCCGCGUGCUCGUGCAAUACGUGCAGAAUCCACUACGCAAGAUUCCCGCUGCACAUCCCCUUGGGCACUUCACGUCGCUGUGGAUAGCUUCGGUACGCUGGCGGGGCAUUGAAAAUGCAACGCUCAAAGCUGCGCACGAGCGCCUCGGCCCGAUUGUAUGCUUGGGCCCCAACGACAUCAGUGUAAACUGCGUCAAGGGAGGCAUCCGCGAUGUCCAUGGUGCCGGGUUUGAAAAGGUCAACGCCAAGGAUGGAUACAACUGGUAUUCUUUCUUUUCAAACUAUGGCGGGGUUGACAACAUGUUCUCCACUGGCAGCAACAGGCCGCACUCGCAGAGGAAGCGGAUGCUGAGCAACAUCUACAGCAAGUCGCAUAUUCUUGCGAGUGAUGCGCUCAUGGCGCAGACAUCUGCCAUCAUCUACAAGCGCUUUCUGCCCUACCUCGAGUCGACCUUUGCCCAACCAGAACAGGGAGUCCUGAACAUCUACGCACUACUGAGUGCAACAACCAUGGACAUUGUGACGUGCUAUAUUUUCGGCCUGGACGCCGGGUCGAACCUUAUCGACAACCGUGAGCAGCUCUCUUGGUUCCUGGACUUGUACAACUCGCGCCGAUCAUUCAAUUUUUGGCCGCAGGAAUUCCCGACAUUGACGCAUGUUGCAGAGAAGUGGCUCGGCUACCGAUUUACACCAACAUGGGUCGAUGAGGCAAACAGGGAGAUCGAGAGAUGGACCGCCAAUGUGUGCGAUAAGGCCGGCCGUGUAUUGAAUGCGGGCAAUGCAGGGGUCGAAAACCGGCCUGUAGUCUAUCAGCAGCUCCAGAACAGCAUGGCCAAAGAGGCAAACAAGAGCGGAAGCAAUGUGCCGCAGGCGACCGAGGUUGCAAGCGAGGUUUUGGACCAUCUCGCGGCUGGCUUCGACACGUCGGGAAUCACGCUGGCCUAUGUCGUCCACGAACUCUCAAAGCACCCAGAGGUCCAGGCACGUCUUCAGCACGAGCUUCUCGGCAUAUGCCCACGCGUUGCCCAGUCAUCUGCGCCAGACCUGCCCGACCCCAAGGCCGUCGACGGGCUGCCCUUGCUGCACUCAGUCGUCUGGGAAACCCUGCGUCUUCACUCUGCUAUUCCCGGCCCGCAACCACGCUUCACACCACCGCAAGGCUGCCGUCUUGGCCCUGGAGAAGCAGCGUACCAUGUUCCAGGGGGGGUAAGGGUGAGUGCAAGCGCAGGUUUGCUGCAUCUGAACGAAGAGGUGUAUGAACGUGCCGACGAAUGGAGGCCAGACCGGUGGUUGGACCUGGACAAGCUGGGCGAGGAGAAGCGGAGAGAUAUGGAGAGCCGGUGGUUUUGGGCCUUUGGAAGCGGAGGUCGUAUGUGCGUUGGAAGUCAUCUCGCAGUGUACCAGAUGAAGUACAUUGUUGCAGCCCUCUACUCCAACUACACCACGGCCAUUGUCGACGAUGCGGGCAUCGAGCAGUCCGACUCGUACACGGCACCGCCCAAGAGCGACAAGCUGAUGGUGAGGCUGGAGAAGCUGACGUAG